AUGUCUCAUCCUAGCUAUGCUGGAGUUGUACCAUUCCCUUCCUAUAAGGGUUACAUGCAAGAGAAUUAUCUUUCUUCUGAACAUUAUCCUAAUCUUGCCAACUUGCGAAUUGACCAAGCGGUUUCGGAUUGCAAAAAGAGUGGAGUUACAAUUUGUCUAGGAUGCAAUACAGAUAAAGACGCGAAUGACAUCAAAUGCUUCAUCGUUAAAGGUCCCGGUCCAUUCGUCAUUGAUUUAAAAAUCAAACAAGUAUUCGAAACUUUUAUCGAAUCGAAUGGAAAUCAAACAUUUUCAUGGAAAGAUGUCAAACACAUGGCCUAUUCGCAAGGAUUUCUCUUUCUAUCAACAGUUUACAAGAGAUUACUUGUUGUUUCUCUCAAUAACACCAACUUAAUGGAUCCUCUCUUUCGUCUAAAUAAUUAUUCUCAAUUUGGAAAGAAUUUCACACAAAUUGGAAUCAUGCAAAUGAAACUUUACAAUACCAAAACACAAUGUCCAUUGUUUGAAGUUGAAGAGGCUAGAAAUUUGGACAUCAUAAGCAUGGGAGCAAAUGAGCCAGCUCUAUUUCUAAUACUUUCUGAUGGAAACCUUUACAGUUUAGGAUAUAAUUAUGAUGGAGCUGCUGCAAGAGGUCAGAAAAAUGUGCAAACCGUUGUGAAUCUUGGCGAAUGUGAAAUCAAGCUCCAAAGAAAGUGCCCUAAACCUUUCUUUAUUAAGGUUGUUGGAUUUUAUAGGAGAGUUGUUGCACUUUCGAAUAGUGGCACAAUUUAUGUUUGUGGUGAGAAUGCUUCUCAAUAUUGUGUUUCGAAAUCUUCUGGAGUUUAUCCAAACUUUUACAUGUUCAAGCAAAUUGAGCUAUCAAAUUCUGUCAGAUGUAUUGAUGUUGAUUUUGGACAUGAUGGAAUUGUGGCAACUACUGAUGGUUAUGGAAUUGUUAAAAUUCAAAGAGGAAAUAUUAUUAAAGCUCGUGGAGUGGAAUCUGAAGAUGAUGAGGAAGAAAGUUUAGAAGAUGAGAGUGAAGAAGAAGAAGAAAUUGAAGAAGAAAGUGAGGAAGAAAGUGAAGACGAAACUCAAGAAGAAACUCAAGAGGAUGAAAGAAAAGAACAAAUUCAAUUAGAUAAAGAAGAAAAUGCUAAAGAAGAAUCUUGCAUUGAAACUCAACGAAAGAUUGUAAAAUAUUUGCAAGUUGACUGUUUAUUGGUAACAGUUUACAAUGACAGUUCAAUUGAUGUGGAUGAUAGAAAUAAGCACAUGACCUAUCCGUACAAAUUCACUUCACCUGUAUGCUAUCCUUAUGGAAAAGUAUUCGAAAUCGAUUGUUUGAUGUGGCAAGAACAACACAAAAAGUUUGCAUUUUUCUAUUGGAAGUUCAAUAAGGAAGAAUAUUCGAAGGCUGAAUUAAUGGCAAAGAAAGUGAAAUCUUGUUAUGAAAAGGGAAUAUUUAGUGAUGUUUCAAUUGUUACACAAACUGAAUCUUUGGGAUUUACUUUCGAAUAA